AUGUGCAUCAAUGGUCACUGGAUGGAUCGAGAGUGCCCACCUGGAAUGAGUUAUUCUGCUAAAAGUCAAGUUUGCCGAUUAGACCCUUCUUGUGCUCAUCCCUCUAAAUGCAAACUGGAUGUAUCGUACAAUUUGAAAUGUGAUGAAUACAUGAUUUGUUCCUGGAAAAAUAUCUUCGAGCAUCACUUUUGUCCAACGUUUCAUCGCUGGGAUAGUGAAGCUCUACGUUGCAUACCUGACAGCAACUGUGUACCUUCCAUGUAUUCUUUUGAAAUUAAACUUAUAGCAAGAUUUUGCGAGAAAUGUAUUCUCAGUCAGCUCCGUCCAGAUCGUAUUACUCAUGUAGAGAAGCAAUGCAUUGAUGGAGACACGUCAAAUGAUGAAGAAAAUUGCGCACAUUAUGCUAUUUGCAUUGACGGGAAGUGGAAAAAGGCCAAAUGCAAGUUACGUGAAAUGUUUUGGAAUCAACAGUUGAAACGGUGUGACUACAGCAAUCAGUGCAAAGCAUACAAACAAGCUGACUGCAGCCACGGACAGCGAUUGAUUGGUGGAGUCUGCGGUGAAUAUUUGGAAUGCAUACACGACCGAAAUGUGCAGAAGUGCGUCAGUUCGCAUAAUUGUGCAUCUUUUCACGAUACCCAUCUGAGUACGAUCGAUUAUAAUAUUUCGAUGUCGCCCCUUUCUCAUCUGUUGACUACAUUUGAGAAUGAUCAACAGAAUUUGCACAAAAUGACGACCUCUUCAUCUUAUGAACAACCCAAACAGUACUGCGUGGUUGGAAGCAAAAUUCGUGAUGAAUACAAUUGUAGUAGAUAUUUUAUUUGUACGAAAAAUGGAUACAAAGUUCGGUACUGCAAGGAUGGUCAGAAAUUUAAUGAAGAAAGUGGUCAGUGUGACAAAAAUUACCAUUAUGAUCUGUCUCACUGUGAUGACGGAAAAACAUUAGAAAGUAAGCUUUGCGGUCAUUAUCAGUUUUGUCAGGAUGGUAUAUGGCAUGAAGGUAAAUGUCAAGACAAUCGACAAUUUGCAAAUGGCCGCUGCCAAGAAUAUUCUUCUGAAAAGCGUAAGAACCAUGAUUUGCAUAAUUUUUCGCUUACUAUUGUGAAAUUGAAUUUAAUGUCAACACCCCAUGACCAAACUCGUGAUCUUCAAGGAAACCUUUCUACAUGUCAAAAUGGUGAUGUUUCGGUUAAUAAUUCUGAUUUAAUGCGGUAUUUUAAAUGCAUUAAUGGUAGAUUUCGAGAACAGUUUUGCGAAAAUGGGACUAUAUUCGAUGCGGAACGUGGGUUCUGCUCAAAGUGUACAAAUUGUACGUCAGAGAAACGUUGUAAGGAAAAAGAAACAAAGGCAAGCUACGGAGUCUCCGCAGCUUAUUAUAUGUGUGAGAACGGCAAGUUCAGAUCACGUUUUUGUCCAUAUGGAUUCGUUUACAACCAUGAUAACCGAGCAUGCCUACAAUACACUGCAACAAGCAUGUUUGAACAAACUUGCAAGGAGACCGGCGAUUCUGCUGGGUAUCGAGCAGAUCCACUAGACUGUCAUCAAUUUUAUCAAUGUGCCAACGGAAAAUGGGUCUCUAAGACUUGUCCGGCUCAUUUAUUUUGGAAUCCGGAAAAAACAAUAUGUGACUGGCCUGACCAAGUCGAUUUAUGCACUCAACGUGAAACGUGA